UACUCUUAAAUACCCAAAUAGAUAAAGUAAAUAUAAGAUUUCAGGUACUAAUAGUCAUAUUAAUCAGUUUAAGAAAGAUUGUGCUCAAGUUUGGUCACACUCCCUAGCAUCUCCCUAGACUGAAGGCACAGUACAAUACUGUAUUUAUAUAAUUAAGAAUGCCGAAGGCUCCAGUACAAAAAAAAUGCCGUGUGCACAAGGAGGUGAGCCGAGUAUGCACGAAGGCAGGCGUGAAAGGAGCUAAACCAGCAUCAGGUGUGCUUUCACAGGGGCUUGUUUUCAAUACAGAUUUAGGUCAACAUAUCCUUAAGAAUCCACUUGUCAUCACCUCCAUGGUUGAAAAGGCUGGAUUAAAGACAACGGACAUUGUACUUGAGGUUGGUCCAGGAACAGGAAACAUGACUGUAAAACUUUUGGAACGAGUCAAGCGAGUGAUAGCAUGUGAAGUGGACUCGCGAAUGGUAGCAGAGUUACACAAGAGAUUUCUUUCUACCCCCCUGCACUCCAAGCUGGAUAUUAGGAUUGGUGAUGUGUUGAAGGCAGAUCUGCCUACGUUUGAUGUGUGUGUGGCAAAUUUGCCUUACCAGAUUUCAUCACCAUUCGUCUUCAAGCUGCUACUUCAUCGGCCGAUCUUCAGAUGUGCCAUACUUAUGUUUCAGCAGGAAUUUGCUGAGCGUUUAAUUGCCAGGCCUGGUGACAAGUUGUACUGCAGACUAACUGUCAAUACUCAACUGUUGGCAAAAGUUGAUCAUCUAAUGAAAGUUGGCAAGAACAACUUCAGACCACCUCCUAAGGUCGAGUCAUCAGUCGUGAGGAUUGAGCCAAAGAAUCCAGUGCCAAAGAUAAAUUUUUCAGAAUGGGAUGGACUCCUGCGGGUUGCUUUUGUUAGAAAGAACAAAACACUAGCUGCUGCAUUCAAACAAUCUUCUGUACUGCAGACAUUAGAAAAAAAUUACAAAACUUGGUGUUCACUGCAUGAGAAAAAGAUUCCUGAAGAUUUUGUUAUGAAAGAAAAAGUAGAAGACAUUCUGAUUGAUGGAAAAUUUGACAAGAAACGUGCAAGGCAUAUGGAUCAAGAUGAUUUCUUAUCUUUGUUACAUGCUUUUAAUAAAGAAGGAAUACAUUUUGUAUAGGUAUUUAAAUAGUACAGUAUUGUGUAGGGAAUAUAUUUUUCAUACUAUUUGCAAGGUCAACAGUUCAGGGCCCCUUGUCUAAAGGAUACCUGCUUUGUUCAGACAGCCUCUAACUUGCAUUAAGAAUGGGGGUUGAAUGUAUAUUUUUGUAAGCUUACAGAUAUUAAACGUCAAACUUGAUGUUAAUUGAAUGUACAACAUGAUAUCCAAGUGACAAGUUGACAUACAUGAAAACCUGUUUCCUGUACAUUAUCUAGAUAUUGCCAUAUCUUCAUUAUAUGAAGCUUGGCACUCUUCUUAUUUAUUUAUUUAGGUAUAUUAUUUUUCAAAUUAUAUUUAUUCUGUAUGCCCUUCCUCUUUCAUGGCAACAUGGAAGGUGGUGGAGGUGGGGAGGGAAGAUUGCAUGUUCCAAUGGUCUGAAGGACAGUUGAGUUUGUCUUGUUGAUGUCUGUCUUCUGGUCAAAGGAAAAGAAACAAGCUGUUUUCCAUCCAUCAGGGAUGAGCUGUGUGGUCAUGUUUGGCUGUAAGGCUGUGUCCCCUGUGUCUUGAUUCUUCCUGUUGAGGAAUAGAGCCAAGUUGUGUAUCUAACCCACAUUUUAUGAGAUUAUUUGUUAUAUGGUGGCACUGAUCUUUGUUGCAAUGCCAGAGAAAUUGUCAGUUGUAUGUAUCAUGGUACCUUCCAAUUUCUAAAAAAAAAAAAAGUAAUACAUUAAAUACUGUUGCCAAAGACCUAAAACGAAUGUUCUCAUAAUUACCAUAUUUUACUUCCUCCACAUAGUAAGUCCUGAGGUGAAUAGCCACAAUACCCUUGCCUGAGUCAAGGUAUAUGUAUUUCUGUGGUGAGCCCCAAAAGCUCCGUGGAGCCUCUGUGACUCUCCCAGAAAAUGGCGUUUCAUUACAUUCAACGCUGUUUUUUUUUUUUUGAAGCAUUAAUUUUGCUUGCAUCCAGAUAAACUCCUAAAGUCACCUUUUGUAACAAACCUAUAAAAGACAUUACAGUUAUAUGUGUUUUUUCCAGUGGAGAAAUGUUUUGUGUUUUACUAUUACACUAUUACAAUCCCACAGACAUUGCAGGGUAAUAAUGAAAUUCCACAUUACUUGCAUUGUUUAAGGGGGGAAGAAUAGAGGGCUAAGGUUUGGUAUGCAGUGCUAGAAUUUUGUUGUAACGUUUUAAACCUAUUAAGUUUGGCAGGAUUAUAUAUCCUGUGUUGUUGGUAUUUAUUUAAAACAUUGAUAUUGGUGCUAGUCAGAAUGGAAGUCAGUUCUGUGACUUUACAUAUGUUAGUUCUUUGCCAUCAAAUAACUGGGUUGCUAAUAAAUGUAUCAAAUUUCAUAAAUACCCGGUACUGUAUAUAUAUUGUCAUUUGAUAAUGUGUUUGUUGUCAACAGAAAAAUGUUGAAGCUUGAUUAUUUGAUGACAAGGAAUAAUGGAUUAAUGGCUCAUGGUGGUAAUAUAUCUGCAAAUGUAGAUAUGUUCACCUUUUGUAGAUAGCUAGCAAUAGGAAGAAUUCUCAUAGUUAUUGUAAUUUUUUUAAACGUUUGACUAGUUUGUGUUGCUUGCAAUUUGCAUUAGUGUUAUAUGCCAAACUUUCCACAGUGUAAUAUUUAUUUAUAUUUUGUAAUACAAUAUAAGAUUUUUGCCAUAUUUGAAGUUUUAUAUUAUAGAGAGGGAACAUAUAAAAAGUAAAACAAUUUAGAUGAAACAAAUUGAAAAUGUUUUAUUCCUUCGUUUGUUUUUCAUGGUUAAACAAAACUGUUGUCAUAAACUACAGAAUGCUUUUAAUCUUUCACUGAACCAUAACGUGUUGUUUUUCCUAUUACAGGAGUUGAGCUUGAUAUUUGUACUGUACUGUAUUAGGAAUUUUGGUUAGGAUGAAACAAAUUGUGCUGCAACAAGCUGGCUUAUAUCCUUAGAAUUUACAGUUAUUUUUCAUUGUUUAUAAGCCAAACUACUCUUAUCUAUAUAUUUCAGACAAAAGCUUGAAGCUUUAAAAGAAGGAACAAUUAAAAAGGGUUUAGAUGACAAAAUAAAUUAAUUAGCAAUUUACAAAUUAAUGUGAAAUAGAUCAAUUUUGAAAUUAUUAAUGCUAUAUGUAACUAAGAAAAUAAAAGUUAAUCAUUGCUUAA